CAUCACUGCGCUGGUCCACAGCCUCCUCUAUAACAGGCUGGAGCACAGCCUCAGGCAGCAGAAUAAAAGAGACUGCCGUACUCAGAUCACCUGGAGAACUUUCACACACAUACACACACACACACACAAACACACUACAUGACUUAGCCUCUGGAUUCCUUUCGCCUUACUUCUGGUUGACUUUGAAUUAGUUUGUUGGAGAUAAGAAGAGAGAAAACAAGGAGUUGUGAUACAUGUUGGAGAGUUGAUUUGGUGACAUUUUUCCUCGCCGACAAAAGAAGACGUCAGCAUCUGGGAGGGAGGUCAUCUUCUGGGGGCUGCUGUUUGGUUUUGAUUUUAUAGAAGCCUGGACACUUUUGUUAGUCUUUACAGUACUGAGAGGACAGAAGCAAGAGGCCAGUUUGAGAAAAAAAGACCUUACUGUUGGGAGAAUUACCAGGAUGUUGUGUUCAGGGAGGAUUCUUCAGCAGUGGUGUUUGGCUGUGUUUUUAUUGUGUUCUCCUGUGCCACACUACGGCAGGCCCAUCGACGCCCUGAGCAACAGAAUAAAGCGGUCAGUGACGCAUGCCCAACUGAUGCACGACAAAGGUCGAACCCUGCAAGAAUUCAAGCGGCGUAUGUGGCUGCAGGAGCUGCUGCAUGAAGUCCAUACAGCAGAGCUCCAUGAAGUGCAGCAGCGUGGUGGAAUCAGCGGUGGAGGUGGGUCUAUCAGUGUCGGAGUUCCCAUGGGGGUGGGAAUGGGCAUCAGUUUGAGUCCUGGCACAGCUAACCCUAAACCCGUGGGCGGCACCAAGAACCUGCCGAUCAGCUUCAGCCCAGAAGAUGAGGAAGGCACUAACCUUCCCCAAGAGACCAACAAGUCACAGAUAUACAAAGAUGGAGCACCCAAGGCCGGAAUGAAAAAGAAGAAGAAAGGAAAAGCUGGAAAGCGGAGGGAUGGGGAGAAGAGGAAACGAAGAACUCGUUCGCCUGACCGGCCAGAGGCGAUCGAACCGGACAACGGCUUCCACGUGGAGCAGUGGAUACACACGGCCCAGCGAGCAGCGGUGCACUAGAACACUGUCAGUCUCUGACAACGAUUUAUAAGGACAUUAUACAUGACACAUGGACACCACAAUGCUCAUGUUGCAGUAUUCACUGUAACAGCGAUAGUUGGGAGCGCGGAACGAUAUUUAUUUUAUGUAAAUAUUCUUAAUUAGUAAUAAACAAAUAAUAAAAGAUAAUGAUAAAACAUUAUCCUGUUGCUCUGUGGGAGCUAGAUUUGGAUUUUUGUGAAUACAAUGCUUUAUUCAUUUUUUUUUUUUUUCGGUUUAUAUAUAUAAUUUUUUUUUUUUUUUGUAAGGACUAUACCAAUUAUCAAUGUCAGAUUUUCAUAAUUUAUUUUGUUUGAAUGGUGUAUUUAUUUUGUAAAGGUAUCAAGGUGCUGCUGACCUUUUUUUUAUAUAUUUUGUACCAUAAUGCACUUUAGAUAUAUAUAAAUAUAAAUCUAUAUUCAAGUAAUGCCAUUAACUGAAUUAUUUUGUGGUUAUUUGAAUGAAGAAAAAAAA